AAUCCCAAUAUGGAAAACAAAAGAGACAUAAUUGUCCAAUAAAACAACGAAAUUUUCUCGCUCUUUGCCCGUCUUCCCGUUUUCCUUGUAUUUUCUCUUGUUUCUUUUAUAAAUUGGGUAAUUCUGGAAUUUGAAGAGCUGGGGAAAAAGGCUAAGGGACAAGAGAAGAUGAUGUUUUUAACUCAAGGAACAAAAAGCCAGUAAAGGGAGCGAGUCAACUCGUUGGUAGUUGAUGAUGACGAUGAGGGUGAAUUUCGGGGGACCGGGCCAAAGCCAAUCCCGACUAGUGGGAGACUAUAUUCUGGGCCCGAGAAUCGGGUCGGGUUCAUUCGCGGUGAUUUGGAGGUCAAGGCAUAGGCAACAUGGGUUGGAAGUAGCAGUUAAAGAGAUUGAUAAGAAGCUACUGAGCUAUAAAGUCAGUGAAAAUCUGCUUAAGGAAAUUUCCAUUCUCAGCACUAUUAAUCACCCCAAUAUCAUCCAACUUUUUGAAGCCAUCGAGACGGAAGAUAGGAUAUUUCUAGUGUUGGAGUAUUGUGGUGGAGGGGAUCUCGCGGCUUAUAUUAAUCGACAAGGGAAAGUGUCAGAGGAAAUUGCCAGACAUUUUAUGAGGCAAUUGCCUGCAGGAUUGCAAGUUCUUCAGGAGAAACACCUUAUUCAUCGGGAUUUAAAGCCACAGAACUUACUGCUGUCAACUAAUGGAGCAACUCCACAACUUAAGAUAGGAGAUUUUGGUUUUGCAAGAUCCUUGACACCCGAAGACUUGGCUGCUACAUUAUGUGGUUCACCAUUGUACAUGUCGCCGGAGAUUAUUCAGAAUGAGAAGUAUGAUGCAAAGGCUGAUUUGAGGAGUGUUGGGGCAAUCUUAUUUCAACUGGUCACUGGGAAGCCACCAUUUAAUGGAAACAAUCAAUUACAGCUGUUCCAGAAUAUAUUGAGAUCCACUGAACUGCAGUUUCUAGAAGGUGUCGUACAAGAAUUACAUCCUGAUUGUGUUGAUCUUUGCAGAAGCCUUUUACGUCAUAAUCCAGUUGAGCGGCUGACAUUUAGGGAAUUUUUCAAUCACAAGUUCCUUGGGGAGACUAGCAAAAAGGUGGAUGUUGAGCUGGACGCAUCAAGUCUGCAAGCAAUGACUGGGCAGUUCGGUUCUUCUGUGAAGAAGUCUCACUUACCAUCUGGUGAUCUCAUUGAAGCAUCUAGCAGAAAUAAAAAAUCAGCUAGUUCAUCUGGAAGUGGUAUGGUAUCACGUACAAGAGAGUAUGGCUGUUCAUCCGGUGAGAAAGGUGCUCAUGGGGCAAUGCCUUUUGUUGUAUGUGGUAACAAAGAGAAAUCUGUCCAUAACCAAUGUUCAUCAGAUCAGCUCAGAGUAGGUGACUCAAUGGAUUCUAUUGAGAAAGAAUAUGUUCUAGUCAAUCCUCAUUCCGCAUCAAUGGAAACUUUCUCUUAUUACCCUGAGACAUCCCUGCAAGAUUAUUCAACUUUAAAGUGCCAAGCAAAGAAGAGUGACCAAGAAUCAGCAGUUUCUCUGGAAACAAAAGAGACUGCUGAGAGCUCUGCCGGUUCUGCGAAAAUUCCUCAAUUUCAAGGAUCAGAUCCACGAACAUUGUCAUCAACUGAAUCAGCUAUAUUAAGGGAAGUACAGAAACUUAACAUACUGCAUCCGUCAACUAGACUGCAGUUAUUGCGUCAGUAUGCACAGCCUAUUGCAGAACUAGCUCAAGAGAAGUACAAUGCAGGACUAUUUCUUGAAUCAUUUUCAAUUGAACUUCUUGUCCUAGCUAUAUGGAAGAAAGCUCUUCAGAUCUGUGGCUCUUGGAUAACCUCUGCUCCAGACAACGAAUCUCAUGGAAGCAGUUCAGCCAAUCAACCUACUACCAAUGUUUGGGGUAAUGCAGAUUUGGGUCCAAAUUCUGAAUAUACUGUAGGUUUAAACACGCCUUCAUCUGCUUGCAUCUGGGCGGAGCAAGGCUUUAUUGUUGCAUGUGAUCGUACCGAGAAGUUACAAUGUCAUCUUCAAGAUAUGGAUGCUACAGCUGAGAUGCCUGAUGCCAUGAAAAUAAUAUAUCAGACAGCACUCACUAUAGGGAGAAGCGGUGCUGUGGAUGAGUAUAUGCGAAACAAAGGUAGUGCAGCAGCAUCGUACUCGAAAGCAAUGCUUUUGCUUUCUUUUAUUAUAGGAGAGGCAGAGAGUCUUCCCUUGAACCCAUCAUUUUCAUUAACUCCUGCUAAUAAGAAGCGAAUUCAGACCUACAUUAACAACUUGCAGACUCAUCAGUCUCAGUUUCUAACAUCAGCACCAUUCCCUAAGCUGUCUACAGACUUCCAGACCAAGUGAAGAGCUCUGCUUUUUUUUUCCAAAACUGCAGCGAGUUUCAAACUGUGCUUUAUCGGUAAGUAUAUUCUGAGUAGUGUCAUUCAAUGAAUAGACUUGAACAUGAUAUAUAUAUAUAUAUACAUAUGUAGAACGAAAAAAUAGCAAAUACUGGCAAUCUGGAGGAAAUGAUCUUACAUUGCAUAGGAGUUCAUGUAAAUAAUACCAUAUUCUUUCUCUUGAGAUACUGGAAAUUGGAACUGAGAUGUAACCUGUACAGUAAUGUUCACUAUACAUAGAAUUCUUUCAA